AUGCAGGAGCGCCACAACCCGCAGCACCACCGCAACAACAACCGCGAGGGUCGAGUGUUGGACAGACGGGGUGCGUGCUGCGUUGUGCUGAGAACCAACGCGCGCGCCGGCAGCACAAACACGCACAUCACGUGCUUUCCGGCGUAUGACGCGAGGCCAGACGCCGCGAUGUGGUGACAUGCCAAGCAAUGCCCCGCAUGAAGCCACCUGGGGCUGGGCUGCAACGGCGGCGGCGUGAACCUCUUGUUUGAAGCAAACGACCUUAUCAUCAACCAGAGCGCCGGUUGUGGUUGUGGCAUCAUCAUCAUCAUGACCGACCACGAAGCAACGGACAUGGGAUAAGGGCGUCUUGGCGACGGCUGGCUGUGUAGCACACGUUGCUGAGCACUGGUGGCGGUAAAGCUAGGAACAGAAGCAGAGGUAGCAGCUGUCACCCCGUUUCGGCUUUUCCAGGUGAAUAUGUUGGUGCUACAAAGCAGGUGUAAGGCAACAGCAGUGAGUUGCGGCGCUUAGCCUUCGUCGGGUGUAUCGUGUGCGUGCCUCUCUGUACGCUGCUUAGCACGCCAUUGAUGUGACGGCUGCUGCUGUACUGCUGUAGUGUGCGUACAUAACGGGUACCGAACGUUUCAUUAUUGACAGAUCAACAGGUGCUGUCCUGCAAAAAAAAAGUCGUCACGGAGUAAAUCGGUCUUUUCUCGCAAGCAUUUCACGAUAGCAGCAACUUGACAGCAGUGUACCAGAUAGCUCGCAGAGGUGGACCCCCGAAGACGAAAUCCGUCCGGAAGCUGUAUCGCUACAUUCAUCAAGCUAUGACAAGGGGUCAAACGCCGUUUCUUCCCACGUCCAACCUCAAAUCCUUUCUUUUGUAGCAAUUGUAUCCACGCAGUCCCUUCCGAGGAACUGGAGAUCUGUGAAGGUCUGCUUGCUGUACAUUGGCAACCUUGUCGUGGUUCUUUCCUUUUGUCAACGUUCAACUGCAACCUUCAGCAGUAUGUAGCAGGUUGUUUGUUCUUACCUCCUGGUACCGCAGUUUCAUGUACACAGCGCGAGUGUAUUUCGUACUCGUGCAGCAGUAGUUUCAGGGUUUAUCAUCGGUAACGCUCGUUGCGGCGGACACAGGGUGCAGGCUUGUAUGGUCGUGAAGACGUGGUGCAUCGCUGAGGCGGGUCAAUGCAGUUGCUGACGUUUUCCCUCCUGGAUGUUCUUUGUGCCCCUUUCCUCCCCUUGCUCCAUCCGUGCAUCAGGUACAGUAUGGGGCCCUCUAUAGUGCCGGUAUGUGUUCAGAGAGCAAAGCGGCACUAUACCGGGCACCGGCACUAUUCAGAGUACAGAAAGCCUUGAUAUUCCGGUGUGUGCGAGCCGAAAACACCGGCAUUAUACCGGCAACCGGCACUAUUCAACCGGCACUAUAUCGGGCCACCCACUGUAGUAGAGUUGCUGCAUUUUGUUUACGACGCAUAUCGAUGGCACAACGGCCGGACACACUUUUUGCAACUGUCCGCGGUCCAACCAUGGCACUACAAAGGGCCGUAGAGAAAUUCGACGCUUAGAUGUGUUCACUUUUUCCUUUUGGCCUCUAAUGAAAAUGCUGAAUGGCAAAGCACAUGGCAUGUUCUCGCUAUGGAUGACAGGUGUUUGUACAACCGAGGGCUGGACAUCAAGACGGGGUCGAAGGCUGAUUUGGCGGUUCCUCCGUCGAACAGCUACCCAACCUAUGGGGUGCCAGGGCAGUGCUUGAAGACGUGGUGUUAAUCCUGCGCGAUGUAACGGUGAUUCAAUGCGAACCUCUUGGUGAUCAUUGGCAGCCAUUUUGCAUCGCUGCGGAGAACUGUGGUGACGACCGGAAGAUGUAAACGCUUGGUUACUGCACAGGCACAUUCGGAGAGCUAGGGUUCGUUUUCCAUGCUUAUUCGUUGCUAUUUCAGCGAGCGCCCCUUGGCGAGCAACUGCU